AUGGAAUUCUCGGGCGUUGGAUUUUGCAUUGGCGGUGAAAAAGACGCAUCCAGUAGCCUCAUUGGCCAUUGCUAUAAUCUUCUGGUUAGGGAGGACGGCGCCCAUGCCGGUAGCGGAUGUGGCAGAAUCCAGUAUACCCAGAUCCUGUAUCGACUUGCAAACGGGAUCAAGGUGCUACAGUAUGGUAGUUGUAGAUAUCAAAGCCUCUUGAGAUCCUCAACCCCAAAUCAAUCAAUCAAUCAUUACAACCAAUACUCGCAUUCUCCAUCCAUCUUCACAGUCCCUUACAACCACACAUCCUCUCCUUUCCAACCCACCCUAAUCCUCAACCCAGCCCCUCUUACAAGACGGGAUGAUUGGGAAGCGAACUGCGAUAUUACUAGUUAUCUCGGCUAG